UCCCGCCCCUUCCGGUCGGGUCCGCCCGGCUUCUUCCGCCCCUCGAGGGUUUGGCUGGAGUCGCCGCGUGAGUUGCGGUCUCUGCUGACGGUGAGGUUCCUGCGUGUGGGGUCCGAGGUCCCGGGCCGCGAGGACGUCGACAUGCCUAAAGCACCAAAGGGAAAAAAUGGAAGACAGGAAAAAAAAGUCAUCCAUCCAUAUAGUAGAAAAGCAGCUCAAAUUACAAGACAGGCUCACAAACAAGAAAAAAAGGAAAAGUUGAAGAAUGACAAGGCGUUGCGUCUCAGCCUUAUUGGUGAAAAACUUCAGUGGUUUCAGAGUCAUCUUGAUCCCAAAAAAGUAGGAUAUUCAAAGAGAGAUGCUUGUGAAUUAAUUGAAAGGUAUUUAAAUCGAUUCAGCAGUGAGCUGGAGCAGAUUGAGUUGCAGAACAGCAUCAAGGACCGGCAGGGCAGGCGGCACUGCUCCCGGGAGACGGUCAUCAGGCAGACGGUGGCGCGGGAGCGGCAGCAGUACGAGGGAUACGGCUUCGAGAUUCCAGACAUUUUAAAUGCAAGUAACCUGAAAACUUUUAGGGAAUGGGAUUUGGAUCUGAAGAAACUGCCAAACAUUAAAAUGAGAAAAAUUUGUGCUAAUGAUGCAGUGCCGAAGAAGUGCAAGAAGAAAACCGUCACAGCUGUAGACGGAGAUUUAGGGGAAUUGGAACUAAAAGAUGAAUCAAGUGACACGGAUGAGGAAAUGACUGCAGUGGACUAACUGCCUUUCUUUGCUCAAAAUAAUUUGAGAGCUUCAAGUUAUACUUGAUGAUGGUAAAUAGUCCAGAUACAAGAAUUUGCUAUUUAGCUGAUUCUCUUAUAUAAAGAGAAUCCUGUUUUUAGUUUCAAAAACGGUGUUACGAUUGUCACUUAAAAGUGAAUGUUGGUUUUCAUUUACAUUAAGUUGUUAGAAUAGAUAGAAGUGGUCUGCACAGUGCAUGUAAUCUGAAUUUCUGGGGCUGGGAGAGCAAUAUGAAUGAGGGAGAAUGUAGUUUUUCCCCUGUGUUUACUUAGAAUCAUCUAAUCUCACAUUUUGGAGCAUGGACAGCAACUAUUUGCUGAAAGGUUACAAUGGAUACUUCUUGAGCAGUGAUGACAGCAAAAUUCCUUUUUAGUAAUAAUGUUUCACUGUUCUUCCUCUUACACAUUAAACCUAUUUUCUUUCCUUAUAGAAUAGGGAAAACGUGAAAUGGAAAUUAGAUACACUCAUGAAUUCUGCAUUGCUAUUAUUUAUUAUCUUUGAGCCAGAGUUAGUUAAAUAGUUUAAAAAAAUCACUAUUCUUGUUAUGUUGCUCUCCUACACUUAAUCGUUUAUCUUGGUAAAGGGUAUAAAUGAUUUCAGGUUAGCAGUUUGGUUUGUGUAUUAUUUUUUUUGCUUUCUCAAUGUGAAAAGUGAUAGAUAUGUAUUUGUGGAAACAGAACUAGAGAUGAGAGAACCAGUUGUUGCAGUUGUAUUAUUUUCCUCUAAGUGAUAGGUUAAAUGGACAUAUAAAACAACUCGAUGUUUCCAGUAACAUGAAAAACAUGGAAGUGGUAGAAUGUGCUUCACUGAACUUGUUAAACGCAGGCAUCUUCUAGUCUGUUUCUAAACAAUGGAGUGCAAGCGUGUUUGAGUAUUUUCAAGAAACAAAAUUCUGUAUGAAGUAACUCAAUAUCAACUAAGUCUUGUUAACAGCUUUUUUACUUCAGAAAAUUAAAAAACUUAUUUCUAUAAUUUCACUUCUUAAGGUUCUAAUUUAAUUUUCAGUGAUUUAACUGAUGCUGACUUGCUUUGGCUUUACUAAUCUGUGCAAAAGUAUGGUUUUGUGAUUACAUCAUAAGUUCCUGUCUCUUUAGUCAUUGGAAAUUUUUCUUGUUGAGGGGAAAGGGGUUCAGUUUUAGUUUCAAAAUGGCUAUAAACACUGAGUGGUAAGUUACAGUAAAGAAUAAAAAUGUUUUUAUCUGGUCUGAUAUUUAAAAA